AUGAACUUCAGUUCUCACCUGCCAUCCAGCUUCCUAUUUCAGUUCUUGGGCUUUCUACGGCCGGGGAGCGGCAGCCGACUCACUGGGGAAUCAGACCUGAGGAUCAUCCUGGUCGGUAAGAGUGGAGGUGGGAAAAGUGCAACAGGAAACACCAUCCUUGGGCAGGAGAAGUUUGAAUCCGUACUUAAGGCAAAGCCUCUUACUCAGAGAUGUAGUGAAGGCAGCAGGACCUGGAAUGGAAGGAAGGUUGUGGUUAUCGACACGCCUGCUAUUUUUGACACCAAGGACGCUGAUGAACAAACCACCCAUGAGAUCAGUCGCUGUAUGGAGCUCUCCUCCCCAGGCCCCCACGCUCUGGUGCUGGUGACCCAGCUGGGCCGUUUCACUGAGGAAGACCAGCGCGCCGUGAAGAAAGUACAAGAGAUUUUUGGCCCAGAGGCCAUGAAGUACACAAUCGUCUUAUUCACCUGCAGAGAAGACUUACAGAGUGGAACCCUGGAGGAGUAUAUCUCCCACUCGGAUAACAAAGAGAUUCUGCGGCUGAUCGAGCAGUGUGAUGGCCGAUACCAAGCUUUCAACAAUAAAGCUACAUGGGCGGAACGGACUGCCUGGGCCGAAGAGCUGAUGACUAAGGUUGCUGAUAUGGUGGAGAGGAAGAAAGGCCAUCUGGUGUGUAAAGCACCCGAGAAGCUUCUAAAAGAGGGUGAGCCAGAUAAAGGUAAAAAUAGGAUGGGCAAAGUGGAAGAUGAUAUGCAAGUGGAUAGACAGGAAGGAGCUCAAGGGGAAGAGCACUCAUCCAGGGAAACAGGGAAAUCCCCUAGGGAAAAAACAGAACUGCAGACAGAAGAAACCAAAAGGCCGGGGAGCAGCAGCCUACUCACUGGGGAAUCAGACCUGAGGAUCAUUCUCCUCGGUCAGAGUGGAGGUGGGAAAAGUGUGACAGGAAAAACCAUGAUUAAGAUUGCUGAUAUGGUGGAGAGGAAUCAAGACCAUCUGGUGUGUAAAGCACCCGAGAAGCUUCUAAAAGAGGGUGAGCCAGAUAAAAGUAAAAAUAGGAUGGGCAAAGUGGAAGAUGAUAUGCAAGUGAAUAGAUAG